UAAAGGUGAAUCCAGUUAAAUAGUUUUAGAAGAAACAACUAACAAAGCUCCAUCUAUUCUCUGUGUCACCUGUGUCAAACCAGGAAACAGAAACUAUUAUUCUUCCACUGAGAGGAGAUGCAAAUAAAAAGAAACAGAUAACAAGAUUCACCAUCCGACUACAACCUGAACCUCCACAGACGGAUGAAGACAGAAAUAAUACUGGAAUACUGACGCUACAACUUGCAGCUGACUUCAAUCACUGAAGCUUCACUCAGAGAGAAAAUGGCUUCUGGAUCAGAAAACGAUCUCUCCUGUCCCAUCUGUCAUGACAUCUUUAAAGAUCCUGUUAUCCUGACAUGCAGCCACAGCUUCUGUAAAGACUGUCUGCAGAGAUGGUGGAGAGCGAAACAAGUACAGGAGUGUCCAGUUUGUAAGACUGUAUCUAGAAGGAAAAACCCACCUUGUAACUUGGCAUUAAAGAACCUGUGUGAGGCCUUCUUACUGGAGAGAGAUCAGAGAGCUUCAGCAGGGUCUGAGGAUCUCUGCAGUCUGCACUCUGAGAAACUCAAACUCUUCUGUCUGGACCAUCAGCAACCAGUGUGUGUUGUCUGUCGAGAUUCAAAAAUACACAACAACCACAGAUUCAGACCCAUCAAUGAAGCUGCACAUGAUCACAAGAAAAAACUCCAGAAAUCCCUGAAGCCCUUAAAGGACAAACUGAAGCUCUUUAAAAAAGUUAAAGGAAACUGUGAUCAAACAGCAGAACACAUUAAUGUCCAGGCCAGAGACACAAAGAAGAAGAUUAAGAAGCAGUUUAAGAAGCUUCACCAGUUUCUUCAAGAGGAAGAGGAGGCCAGGAUCACUGCCCUGAGGAGGGAGGAAAAUCAGAAAAGUAAAGUUAUUCAUAAUAAGAUAAAGGCUCUGAGCAGAGAGAUAGCAGCUCUUUCAGACACAAUCAGAGCCACAGAGGAGGAACUGAGAGCUGAAGACGUCUCAUUCCUGCAGAACUACAAGGCUGCAGUGAAAAGAGUCCAGCAGCGCCCCCUGCUGGAUGAUCCAGAGCUGGUCUCAGGAGCUCUGAUAGAUGUAGCCAAACACCUGGGCAACCUGACCUUCAACAUCUGGAACAAGAUGAAGGAGAUGGUCUCCUACACUCCUGUGAUUCUGGAUCCAAACACUGCUCAUCCAGAACUCAUCCUGUCUAAAUAUCUGACCAGUGUGAGAUGUGGAGAGAGACAGAAGCUUCCUAAAAACCCAGAGAGGUUUGAUUUCUAUCCCUCUGUCCUGGGCUCUGAGGGCUUUAACUCAGGGUCUCACAGCUGGGUCGUUGAAGUUGAAGACAGCACAACCUGGUAUGUUGGUGUGACACCAGAGUCUGUCCAGAGGAAGGGACAUACAUACACAAAGUCUGGAUUAUGGGCAGUACUGUUCAAUAAAGGUCAGUAUACAGCAGUCUCCUCACUAUAUUCCACUGUUCUCUCAGUGAAGAAGAAGCUGCAGAGGAUCAGAGUUCAUCUGGACUGGAACAGAGGAAAACUGUCAUUCUCUGAUCCUGAUACUAACACACACAUACACACCUUCACACACACCUUCACUGAGAGACUGUUUCCAUACAUUGCUACUUGGAAUGAACUCCCACUGAGGAUAUUACCUGUGGUCUCUGAUGAUGAUGAGAAUGAUGAUGAUGAGCACUUUUUCUUUUUUGGAUUUUAAAUAAGUGAAGCGUGUGUCUAAAUAAGUGAAUCAUAAAGUAAACAUGUUUGUCUGUAGUGGUUUUUACGGUAAUCAGUAAUGAAGUGUUUAUAACACAUUUGAGAAAGUUUGCUGCAUUGUUUGACAUUUUCACUAUAAGGUUUCAGGACAUUAUAAAACAGUAUUUCCAUCAUUUUUGUUUGUUCUUCAUUAUAC